AUGGACGACGAGGAAACGCUUGCGAACGAUAAAGGACCGCCACGAGAGAAGGGAAAGUCAGGCGAGGACGACACCGAGUUGGAAGACGGGUACCACGAUGAUUCCUUCGAAGUGGAACAACCCUCCGACUCGGGGGAGGAUGAUGUCUACGAGUGCGAAGAAUGGGACGAGGAAGAAGAGCCGGCCGAGCGAGAUUGGGAGAGAGAGGCGAAGAAGAAGGUGCACAUAGACAUGGGCGAUCCUGCAAUGGGGAGACGGAAAACCAUCUACGAUCUCGAGUCUUACGCCUCCUACGCCCCUCCUACCGAGUCGAUGGGUGAAAUGUUGAGAUUCAGUAUAAUAGAGGUGACAGAGGAGCCGCCACCGAGAAUUCGAUAUUCCGUGUCGAUGGGCAUGCGAGGUAUUGCGCGGAUCGACCUGUCGCCGUUGACGCAGAAGAUCGUCGGCUGUGUUAUCGGCGAGAACGUCACCACCGAGUACCCGUGGGUCCACGUGAGGAAGGAGAUAAUCGAGGACAACAUAGACCUACACUCCGAGAGUAGCGACUUCCUGCCGGUGAAGGAGGAGAUUCACGAGUUUCCGGAGGACAAAAUGCUCAUUGGCUACGCGCCGUCGCUCACUGAGGACGCACAGUUCUACAUCUGCCUGACUCAGGAGAGCAAGGACGAGGUGUCGAGGAUGCUACAGCAGCAGCGGGAGGAGCACGAGACUCGCGUGAGAGUCGCGGUGUUCAAGCCCGUCGGCCCGUGGUACGACUGGGGAAGCGGCGCCGAGGUCGACGCCGAAGUCGUCAGGAACACGCGGCCGCUCUUCGAGAUCGAUGUGACGUCCACCGCCGAUUUGCUGGGGAUGCCGAUAAAUCUGGCGGAUAGGAAGGCCGGCGAUCAAAGAGACGGAUACAUCGAGUUGCUGCCGUGCCGGCAAAUAUUUGACAAUGUAUGGCGCAAAUUGGUAAGCAGGUCGACGCAAGUCGCGCCCAUCGUUCGACACAACGAGGCUCAAACGGUGCCGCGCAUAUCCGUCAAUUCGUGGUUCCAAUAUCUGUACGAAUAUGAAACUAUCGAUCUGUCGACGUACUCCGAGGAGAAAAGCGACUCCUUGAAGGAUUUCUUGUACCGUUACACCGACGAUAUAUGCGAUCAGAUCUUGAUGAAUUCCACGUGGGACGUUUACACGAACGAUUACGCAAACCUGGUGCGCAACGAGAAGGACACGCAGGCACCGGUGCCGAUAGGCUACACGGAGCAUCAGAGUUACUACGAGGGGAAGCUCACUAUGAAGCGAGUCGUCAACGAUCUCUGUUGGCAUCCGUUCUGGACCGGAAUAGCGAUGAUCGCUUACACGCGGCACGCCAAUAGCGAACGUCUGAUAGGCCCGAAAUCUCAGGAAGAGGUCGCCAUCUGGCAUAUACCCGGCAAAAUCGAGCAGAUGGAGACGGUGGUGGCGAGGACGAGCCACCAGGAGAAGUACAGGCUCGCGAUAAAGAGCCUGAUGACUUGGAUGCACGACGUGACGGUGACGUCGCGGAUCGCUCCAACGGCGAUGUCCUCGCUGAUGCACAGCCAGAAGGCGGCCAUCACCCAGAUAAAGUGGAUGCCCUUGCAUCACAAGAUCGACCGAAGCGGCAGAAUCGCGCCGCUGCCGGAAGACGCGCCCUCAGACGAUCUAAGUCGGCAGUUUAUAACUGCCAGCGAGGACGGCACGAUCGCCUUCUGGGACCUCAAGUGGCGGCCCACGGAGAAGGGCGUUCGACAAGUGCGCGGCAGGCGAAAGAGGAAAUCACUUCUGGAGACGACAGCGAAGCCGGUGUCGUCCUUCAAAAUGCUCGACCGCGUCUUCCAGCCCAAUUAUAUCCUCGUAGUUCAAUAUCCGGACGAGAGCCGACGGCUCGUGAUAACGAUGCUCAGCAUGUACAAUCCGAAGUUUCGCGUGGAACAAGUUGAGCCGUUCCCAGUGGGAAGGGACGACGUCGCAAUUAGAAAGUACUAUCGACCCAUAAUCAAGAAGACGGACUACGUCAUGGAACCGAAGAUGCUGAUCGGCACCGUCGAAGGUGAUUUCGGCUGCAUAACGUGGGAGGGCUUCGAAUUCGCGACCGACGUGAGCGUGAGUCGCGAGACGGCGCGGUGGCUGUGGAUAAAGAGGACGCACGACGGACCGGUCACGCACUCGGUCAGGUCCCGGUAUUAUCACAAGCUGGUCCUUACGGUGGGCGGCAAGAUCUUCGCCCUGUGGCGAGACGAUUUCGGCGAGCCGCUCCUUUGGAAGAAGUCCAAUAUCGUAUACACGGCGUGUUCAUGGGGCAUCUUGCGCCCGACCGUCCUGAUCCUGGCGCGAAUGGACGGCACCGUGGAGAUCUGGGACCUGGUGGUGAAGAGCCACGAGCCGAGCUUCACGCAAAGUUUGUCCGGACGCAUAAUCUGCGGCGUCUACACGCACGAGCUGCCGUUGGAGCCGCAGUGCAUCGGCUUCUGCGACUUCACCGGCGCUCUGAGGAUGUUCACGGCGCCGCGGAUCUUAAUGACGUACGACGUCAGCGACGUCGAGUGGAUAAUAAAGUUCGUCGACCGUCAGGUUCAAAGGAUAAGCGAGUUUAAUGCCUGGCAGAGAGCGUGGCGCGAAACAAAUCCCGAGGAAAUCGAGAUGAGGAGGCGGCUGGCUGCGGGCGACACGGAGAGCGAGAGGAAGCGAAUUUUCGCGGCCGAGGAGAAGAUUAGAGCCGGCGCGGUCGAGGAGGCGGCUCGAGCGGUCACACCAACGAGGGCGAGGGCGCGCCGGAAACCCUGGCAAUUUCUCGAAGAAGCCAAGGCACGAUGGAUGUCGAUGGAGGAGAGACGCAUGCAGCGAGUGAUUCUGGAGAAAAAAGGGCUGCGGAAGGACGUGCUUGAGAGGCAACGCGCGCCCGUUCUCAAAUUACGGCAGGAGGCGAGGACAAAGAAGCGCAAGAUACGGGAGAUCCUGAGCCUGCAGGACAGAAUUUUUGAGGAGACGGUCGCGUUCCUCUUCCCGGAGCAGCAGCAGCAGCAACGCAGGGAAGCGUUGUUGUUGCCCCCUUUGCCGGCCCCGACGAUCGAUAAACGCUUAACGAUCGACGAGUUCAUUAAGAAGGAAACCGCUCUUCGGAAAGAAGAAGUUUUCGCCGACCCGGAAGAGGAGAUUAUAUACAAUUUUCUGGAGGUGCAGGCCGAGGCUCUGGCCAAAUUAAAGAGCACGCCCUUCGAACGCACGUUCGACUGGCGGCAAGUGCUCGCGCAGGCAAAGUCGGCGAGAAGAUUGAUGAACAUCGAACUGAAGAAGUUAAAUAAGCUGAGGAGGACGUUAAGAGUGCUGGACGGCGAUGCGGUGAGUGAUGCAUCGCAGAUGCUUGCCGGCGACACGACGGCCGACACGCGCGAAAGUCAGUGA